CACGUACGCGCGAACGGGAUGAUGGGACGGGACGUAAAGGUCAACGUCCACGGAAGUGAAUCGAGUCAGUGAGCGUACAGCGUAACGUUCAACAUGUAAAACCGCACCAAUCUACACCUGGACUCAGUACAACAACUUUACGCAAGCUUAAAACUGACAACCAAAAUCUACGCAAUGAAGAACGCAACCCUGAUAAUCUUCAUUUUGUUGGCGGGAAACCUGUUGACGUUGUUUUACGCCUUCUCUGGGAAGUUCAGUACCUUGGGCAGUUACGUCACAAGAGGAUUAGCCAAUCAGAGAGCAGAUACGAGCCAUUACCAAGCAAUCCCGACAGCUCACGAACAUGUUCACGAUCUUUCGCGGAUGUUACCGAGGCCAGUCGACUUUGAACACGCCGACGUUAAUGACAGCAAACCACACAAGGCCCGUCUGCCACCUAAGGUGACCGAGUCUCCCGAACAACAAGAAGGCAGUGUCUUAAUUCUAACACCCGUUGCUGGAAAAAUCCGUGCAGUACCAAAAUACCUUUCUUUGGUGAAGUCCCUUACGUAUCCACGAUCUAAGAUAUCCAUAGCAAUCUUAAUGAGCAACAUACACGACGAUGAGUCUUUAAACAACAUACACUCCAUGAUGGCGGAGUUGAACGAUAAAUUCAGAAGUGCCCGGUUGUUUAGAAAAGACUAUGAGAAGGUCGUGAUUGGUCAAGAACGGCACUCGGAAUGGAUGCAGAAGGAAAGGAGAAGCAUUCUUGCGCAGAGUCGGAAUCAGUUACUUCUCCGGGCACUGGGAGCGGAAGAGUGGGUUUUAUGGUUUGACUUUGACCUGGUCGCCAUCCCGCCAAACAUCACCGAGACGUUGAUAGGAGCCGACAAGCCCAUAGUCGCCCCUCACUGCGUCUGGGGACCGGACAAUGACACAUACGACCUGAAUUCGUACCAGGAAACUCUAGAAUUUCAGAAGUGGAAGAAAGAGAUGCAGAAGACGGACGAGGAGCUCCUCCUUGCGGGUUAUGCCGACUCUCCACCCGGCAGACUGUACAUGCGAGACUUGAGGAGCAAGGGCCUUACGCUGACGGAGUUGGACGCAGUUGGUGGCACCUGUCUGUUGGUCAAGGGUCGUCUCCAUAGAGACGGACUCAUUUUCCCGCCUUACGUCAUGGAUAACAAAUUGGAAACUGAGGGUCUGGUCGCCAUGGCGAAGAAAAUGGGCUAUCAGGCUUACGGAAUGCCACAGGUUAUCAUUCGGCACUGA